AGAAGAAGACGGCAUGGAGAACGAGGAAGUGCCGGCAAAUCAUGUGUGAGACAGAGGGGCCGGUUAGGUAGCAAGUUUUAGUUGACAUUUUUUCCAAACGAUACCUGUCCUCAGUUGUAUCACACUCAUGGCGGAGCGCGGCAGGAACAGCGGCCACCAAGCUGAAGCACAUGACGGGACAAACGACAGAAAUGUCCCUGAGCCUGGGUUUGGGACAGGUGACCUUACUGUGACUGUCCCUCGGGGGCUCCGGUCCUCAAAUCAUAACCAGAGGAAAAAGUUAGUCCUGCAUAUCGACCUCAACAACACCAUACUGGUGUCGGACGCCGUGACUGGCCAGGGGACUGUAGCUGCUCUGGACUAUUUUCUCACAACUGUCACCUGGGGAAAGAUGAGCAAACAAGGAAAGUGGGAAUGGCUGAGUGAUUCUCCCUCCCUGCUCCCACCGUGCAGUGAUGCUGUCAGUUAUUACUCUCAGUUUGGACGGAUACCAGGUUUCACAUCAGCUGCCGGGCGACGUUUCCGCGGAGUUCUGGAUGAGCAUCUGGACCUGCUUCGCUGGCCCGAGGGCAUCCAGAGGGACAGAGAGCUGGCUGUAAAAGGAGAGGAUGGACGACUGUACCACUGGAUCCUCCCCUCCUUCUUCCAGCUGCUCAAAGACCUGGUGCAGGAAGGAAGGGAGUUUGCCAUCCUUUUUCGUACGUUUGGAACCGACCUACCUCGUGUGCUGAAGGCUGUAUCCAGAGCCCUGAAUGAAGGGACUCAUCCACUGUUCCCGGAUCUGCCUGAUCUCAAGUUAAGUGUGAAUAUGACUCCAGGCAAGAUCCGCUGCAGCAAGAGGGGAGUCGUGCUUAGCCGAGCCGAGGAACGCGUGUCGACAUGUGAUGGAGAAAGAGGACUGUACCAGUACUUCAGCUCAGUCCAGGGCCUGGGGGGCUUUCAGGACCACUUUGACUGGUGGGCUACAAAUACCUUCUCCAUCCGUGGGGGAAAGCCGCUGUGGGUCGACCCCUUUGACCAAAAUGUUCAGCACAUCUUCAUAGAUGACAACAUAAGACAGAACGACGAGGAUACCAUAGUUCAUCCCAAGGUUUUCUUGGACCCAGGUGGGGCCGAGACUCGUACAGCCUGCACUUCUGAGCUCUAUGAUAUCACACUGGUCCAGACUGACCUCCUCCGGGCCAUUUCUGACCCGAGCCACUUCACUCAGCGCGUCCACAUCUGCCUGGAAAACUAUGAAAGGAAUCUCCAGCAGGGGACAGGUUAGAACACAGUUCAAACUAGGCCCACCCUCCAUGUUUGUCUGUGUGACAACAUCCAGUUUAGGGUUCUGUUUACCCAGACACCACAAUCCCAGCACAGACGGAGCAUGCAGACGCAGUAGGUACGGUUAUUAAACACAAAGGCUGAUGACUUAUUUAAGGACUGGAGUUCAUCAAAACCAUAAAUGGAAUUUGUUUACAUAUGGAGGACAUGAAUAAAUACGCAGAUGAGGAAGGAUCACAAUUAUGUGGUAAAAGAAAUCUUUAGAAGGACAAACUAAAUGCACAUAAGGGAGGUUUAGAAGCAGCUUGAUAAGUUGGAUUUUAAUACCAUGCAUAUUUUACUUUAUCUACUCCAGGACAACAGUAAAAGGAUGUGAGCUUAUACAAAGAGCAUAUAACAAAUAGAUUGUACUGUCUGCUGGCCUAAGGUGAACCGCCACAAAGAGUUUUUGACUUAAUUAGCCAUUAAAGUGGCCAGGCCAGCCUCUUUGAUUGCAGCAAAGGCUCUGUGACUAAUCACGCCACGGGAUAAUUGCCCUAACUCUCUGAAAUCUGUUUCAGACAGCAUAAUUGGGGGCACAUAUGGUGAAACACUAUUCAAGUGUUGCAUUAGGCUAGCCGUCUAGUGAGAAGAAUACACCGGGGUUUUGUUUUAUCUCUUGUUUUUCAUCCUCAGGGUGUGACACUUUUAUGUAGCUUCUCCCUUAGAUGUUAAGACAUGUAUUUUAACUUCUGUUGUUUUCCAUCAAAUGCAUUGUGUACAUCCACUCAGAACUUAAAGUUAAUACUUCCAGAUGUCUGAUUACUGACUAUGACUGUGUAACUUAAGGGUGAUACCUGUCUAAUGUGAGUACAGAGGGUAUGCGCAUGACGUCACAGAACGCAGUUACGCUCGCUGAGUGGCAGAAAGACGAGCAGCAGUGUUGGCCUGAAUCAGCUAAAACAUAAACCACACAUCACAAAUGGGAAAGAGCUGGACCACUGGUUCUUUGGUAAACAGUUGCCUUUUAAUUUGAGCAAAUAAUGACUUGUUUUACAAUCUGUUUGCUGAACGCAGCCAUGGUAACGGAUGUUUUUCCACUCAGUCCAGCGUGUUCCGGAAGGGGAAGUGACAUCAACGCAUACCCUCUAUAUUGCUUGUAAAUGUCACAAAACGACCUAAUUAGAUUCAUAACGACACAUAUCAUUUCCUGAUCUGAUCAGGUAAGAGUAAUCCACAUCCUUGCUCCGUCAGAGCACUUUGAUUAUACGAAGUAAUAUCUUCUGAAAGCACUGAGACGUAUCAUUAAGUUGAACAUGGAUUUGGGAUGUGUUGGCACUGAAUUAUUUACUGUGCUUUUUAUUAUUUGAAAGCGCCCUUGUGUGAAACAUUUAAUUUGUGUGGAUGUUUUGGUAAUUUGUGCUUUGAAGGUUUUAGAAAAUAUUUAUUGUUAAGCUUCCAGGGAGAUUUUUCAUUGCUGUAUUUUCCUCAGGUCAGAUUUAGAGAGACCACUGAAGGCCAACAGUAUUAAUAAUCUAUUGACAAAUACUGAAAUGUAGGUUUCUGAGACCCACUGAGAACAGUUGAGUGAUAAUGCCAUUCUUAUACUUUUUUGAGUAUAUGGUGAGCAUGGAUUUCCUUAACAAGAGAACACGCAAGUGGAUAUAUUGAUAAGGAAAAUACAAAGACAAUAGUGGGUUGGAAGGCUUUGUUGGUGAUGGUUACAUUAAAUUAUUAUACACUUUUGCGUUGGCACAGUUUUCAUAACGGAGUUUCAUUGUGCAAACACAAAAUGCUAUACUCACACAAUGAAAACAUCCACAUUAAAUGAGGUAAUAGAUCAUGCAUAGGUUAAUCAGAGCACCGCAGCAUUGAUACGUUUAUCAGGGAAUUUUAAUUACUGUUGCAUUUGAGAGUAAAUUAAUAAUUAGGAUAUACUGCUGUCAAACAGCUCAUAUCAAAACAGUCUCAAGUGAUUGUUUCCCUAAGACUAUACAAGUGGCAAGAAAAUAGUUGAUGUAGGGCAAGAAUUACCUAAAUUUUAUUUAUUAAAUAUGUUUUAUUACUGUAAAUAUAGACAACAAUAAAUUCUACAUUCAUACAAGUCAAAAUGACUACUUUACUGCAUCAGUUUACUUUUCCUGCUCUGUGUCAACCACAAAGUUUGUUGCAUAUUGCUCAAGACACCAAGCGCAUGGCAGUUACUUGUUAUACGUUUGAUUAUCUAGAAUACAGUAAACUACAGUAUUAUGAAAAGCAGGCAGAAAUGCCUGCAAGCACAUGUUGCAUUGAUUCAAAAUAAAAAACAUAAUAGGACAAAUUUCUUGCAUUAGGAGUUUUGCACACUGAAACUCUCCCAUGAAAACUUAAGCCUAAGCAAUUGUUAAGUACUGUCAUAUUGUGCAUUGAAGUCUCAUCACAUGGUUAAUGAUGCAUUUGAAUGCUCAUCACAUUAAAACUUGUACAUUUUAUUUAUUUUUGUGAAAUAUUUCCAUUUGCUGUUAAAUAAAUCUGUAAGGUUUUUAUUAAACUAUUGUGUUUUGCAUAAUGACAGCUUACUGUACACACACAACAUAAGAUGAUUCAUGUAUUAGAGUUCAUUUGGUUUGGCCAUCGCUGCUCAGUAUAAAUCUUUGUUGAUCAAUAUCUGUACUUGUUUGUGGUGUAACUUCUGUGUGUAUGUGACCAGGUCAGGUCCAUUGGGGAUUAAUUAAAGAAAAUACAAAGGGUGGUAAGAACA